AUGAAAAAAUGUCUUUUUUUCAGAUAUAUCCCUUGUAAGAAGAUUAGGAAAUUUUUUUCCUUUAAUUUGAAAAAAAAAUUAUUUUUCCCCCAACAGUUACUUUCUUCUUCACCUAUUGGAAAAAUGCAGUUCCCACUCAAUUCUGAUGAUAAUUUAAUUGAUCAAUUUAAUUAUUCCAAAAUAUUACAAAAUCAACUUAUUUCACAUUCAGAAUGUUUAUUUUUACGUUCUGCAGCAGAUUUCUUCCCUCAACAUUUCCCUCUUUUUCAACAACUUUUAAUUGAUGAAUUUUUGCUUAGAAUUACUAAACUUUAUGAAAUUGAAGAAAAACCAAUUUUUGAGGGAAUUUAUUGUGUUCCCAAAGGUUUAUUUGGAAAAAGUAAUUGUGAACGUCCAACAAUUUCUGUGUCAAUAAAUAAUUUUAAUUGUGGUCAAUUUGGAGGAGAAGAAUUUACUGGAUGUGUAAUUGUAUUUUGUGAAGUGUAA